UCGAGAAAGUAUCACUGUUCAAAUUAGCCAAUUAGCACUGGCCAGGUACGUGCUCUGUUAGAGGCAUCUUUAACCUGUUGUCCAUUUUUCUGCCAGUUAUCAUAACCCUUAUGCUGUUUUUCUUGCUGUGGAGUUAUCUGGUAGAGCAAGGGGCCUGUUCCAGUCUGUCCUUGGCUAAAUCAGUAAAAAGGCGCCGCUCUUGCUUUGCUGGCUUGAAAGGCAUUUUGUUUAGUCUUUUGUGGGGGGAGAGAAGAUGGACCGUUCCCCACAGGGGUGCUUUCUAACUACCACCAUGAAAUACGGUCCCGAGGUGGCCAUUCCUCCGUGAGAGGCGAGAGCCACGUGUGACCCUCGGUCUAUUAAAAAACCCCUCCACAUCAGGAGGGGGAGUCGCAAAAGCAUCCUGACAGCCAGUAGCUCCCCAGUACCGGCUCUCGACACCGGGUAACCAUACAGCUUGUCUGUCACACAGGAUGUGAAUGCUGCCAGGUAUCUCGGAGAUUUGGAGAUGUGUAUUGAGUCACUGAGUGUGACUGGUGACAAAGCAGGAAACUACUCAGCUAUGAGUGUCCCCAGGACAGAUCUGUGGUGGUAUUGUGGAGGAAAAAUUCUAAGGUCUGUGCUCCCUUACAAUUGGAAAGGUACGUGUGCUCUUAUUCAAUUGGCCAUUCCAUUCACCCUGGCAUAUGUAAAAGAGCCUCAUGUUGAGAGAGAGAGAACAAAAAGAGGUCUAGGGAUAUCAUUUGAUGAUAGGAUUUACAUUGAUGCUAUUGGGGUUCCCAGGGGAGUUUCUGAUGAGCACAAAGCUAGAAAUCAGAUAGCUACAGGAUUUGAAUCCUUCCUGUUCUGGUGGGUAACAGUCAACAAAAAUGUGGAUUGGAUAAAUUAUAUUUAUUAUAAUCAACAAAGGUUCAUCAAUUAUACGAGGGAUGCAGUCAAGGGAAUUGCAGAACAACUGGAUGCCACCAGCAGGAUGGCAUGGGAAAAUAGAAUAGCAUUAGACAUGAUACUGGCUGAAAAGGGGGGUGUAUGUGUAAUGCUAGGGAAUAAGUGCUGUACUUUUAUCCCAAAUAAUACUGCCCCUGAUGGUACAAUAACUAAGGCACUGCAAGGACUCACUACUCUAGCAGAUGAAUUAGCAGAAAAUUCGGGGAUAGCUCACCCUGGAUGGUUAGAGUCCUGGUUUGGGAAAUGGAAGGAGACAAUAAUUUCCAUUUUAACAUCCUUAAUUAUAAUAACGCUGACACAAUGCUAUUAUUAG